AUGUCUCCCUCAUCGCAAGAAAUUACCACACCGUCUCUUUCCAUACUGACCGAUGUUUCUACAAUUGCCUUUGUCCCGCCGAGCAAAAAGAUUAAUGAAGGGCAAGAUGUUGCAUAUUUUCUUCAGUCAAAAGCAUACCGUGAUAUUAUGACCUUCGUACUGCAGCUCAACAGAGCUUUGUUUCCAUCUCGUACACAAGAGAGCUCAGAAGCGCCAUCCAAGAUACAAGCCUGGCAAACUGGCUCUGGGCAGAUAGAAUCCUCAGAAAUCGUCACAAGUCUCAAUAAUUUGGUUCUCUUCCUUGAUAAAACGAUCGAAGAAGCACCACUAGAGCCUGGUCCCCGUCGCUUCGGAAAUGUCGCUUUUCGCAGAUGGCAUCAAAUAAUCACAGACCGUACAUCAUCACUCUUCACCCUGCACCUCCCCAACAUCCCGUCCGCCGCCCACGACGAACUGAAAGCCUACUUUCUCUCCAGCUUCGGCAACGCACAGCGCCUCGAUUACGGCUCCGGACACGAACUAAGCUUCCUGGCCUUCCUGGCCUGCAUCUGGAAACUCGGAGGCUUCUUCCCCUCCACCCAAUCAUCCCCCACCCAACUCUCACCCUCAACAAUCGCAGACCAAAGCCGUGCCAUAGUCCUCCGAGUAAUCCAACCAUACCUCCAACUAAUCCGCCGCCUCAUCACAACCUACACCCUCGAACCCGCCGGCUCCCAUGGCGUAUGGGGCCUAGACGACCACUCCUUCCUCCCCUACAUCUUCGGCUCCGCGCAACUUGGCCCCCCCAUCCCCUCUAUCUCCCCCACAGACCAGACCACGCCAAUCCCAGCCCCAACACCCACAGAAGGCUCCCUACCAUCCGCCCCCGACCCCUCCUCCAUCACCAAACCCGCCCUCGUCGAAAAGUACAAAGAAACAAACAUGUACUUCUCCGCCAUCGCCUUCAUCCACGAAGUGAAAAAGGGCCCGUUCUGGGAACACUCACCCAUGCUAUACGACAUCUCCGGUGUGAGAGGCGGGUGGGGGAAGAUCAACAAGGGAAUGCUGAAGAUGUAUGACAAGGAAGUUCUGGGCAAGUUUCCGGUCGUGCAGCAUUUCCCGUUCGGGAGCUUGUUUAGCUGGGAGAGGGAUCCGGAGGCGCCGGGGGCGGUGGAGGCGGGGAGUGUGCAUUUGGCGAGCCAGCCGUCGAGUGGUGCCGGGGGGCGCGACGCUGCUGUUGGGGUCGGGGUGCAAGGGGGGACGAAAGCGCCGUGGGGAAAGGGGGUUGGGACGGGUGUGAAAGACAUGCCUGCUCCGCGAGCAGGGGAGGGGACGAGAGCGCCGUGGGCCGGGGGCGCAGGGACGGUGAAUUUGGCGAGGAUGGGGGAUAUGCCAACUAUGUAUCCUGCGGGGGAGAGGAAGCUGAGAGAUCCGAAUGGGGAGAAAGGCAGGGACAGUGGUGCUGCUGAUAUGCCGCCGCCGACGACUAGAGCGCCUUGGGCUAAACCGCCGUGA